AUGGCCACCCACCCAGCAAUCAUCGUACUCGCACUGAAGGGGCCUUUAACAAUUCAGCAUGUUCCGACUUGGAAGCCUGCCCAUCGGGAAAUUCAAGUCCGGGUAGAAUGGGUUCCAUCCGCCCCGUUGGAUGUCUGGCAAGUCGAUGCCGGGCUCAUGGUCCAGUUCCCUCAGACGCUGGGUGAUACGGCCGCGGGGACUGUGGUAGCUGUUGGUCCUGAUGUCAAGCGCCUCCAAAUUGGCGAUCGAGUGUUCGGAAUGUUUUUCCAGAACAAGACACAAAAGGGUCAGCAGGUAUAUGUAACUGCACCAGAAACCCUUUUUGGUAAGGUUCUCCCACAAAGCAUUCCAUUGUCUGCUGCGGCUACUAUACCAACAAACUUCUGCACUGCGUUCUUUGCACUCUUUGAAAAGCUCAAGAUUGAGCUGCCUUGGCCGCGUCCAGACAACUUCACCCCAUCCGACAAAGACGUACCGGCUCUCAUCUGGGGUGCUGCCAGUUCCGUGGGGCAGUCUGCGGUGCAAAUCCUCAAACACUGGGGAUACACGAACGUGAUUGCAACAGCUUCGCCGAAGCAUCAUGAAAGGAUCAAGGCAUAUGGUGCGGCGCACGUUUUUGACUAUCGCGACCCUAAUGUUACUGCCUCCAUCCUCGAAAUCUUGGCUAGCCAGGGGCAAUCAAAGAGUAUUCGUGUCUUUGACACCGUAGCCUCGAAGUACGGUUCCUUGAUUCCAAUCUCCAAGAUUGCGACACAAGCAGGAUCAGCUGUUGCUGCUGUUCUUCCAGUCGUUAUCAGCACCUCAGCUGAAAAAGACGGUCUCAAGCUUUCCCCAGAUGUCUCUGCGGAAGCGCCCUGGGCAUCGGGAGUGGAAAUUCACCCCAUUGUAGUUUACAACUAUGAAGAGAACCAAUUUUUGCGGGACCAUCUUCAGACAGAGAUCAUGCCGACGCUCUUGGCCCAAGGUGCUAUCAAGCCGAAUAAUCAGCAGAUAGUUGAAGGAGAGACUCUCUUGGAUAGGGCGCGCAAAGCUUUAGACAUUAUGAGAAGUGGCACUGUUAGUGGUGAGCGGCUGGUGUGGCAGGUCUGGACCGAGGAGGAGUUCCCUGAGUUCAAAUGAUCUUACUGCCGGGAGUGAGCGGUGUUGUGAUGUACUAGAGCAAGCCCUGUUGUCUUGG